AUGGCCGGCUUCCCCACCCCCCCUCCGCACCCCACACUGUCCCCCCGAAUUACAGAACAUCUCAGAGCUUUGAAGCUGCUGGAAUUUCCUCAAGGUCCUGAUGCAGCCUUGUGCGCUGUCCCCCCUCCUCCAGGCACAGGGACGUUCGGGCGGGUACAGCUGGUCAAGGAGAAGACGGCCAAGCACUUCUUCGCCCUGAAGGUCAUGAGCAUCCCCGACGUCAUCCGGCUGAAGCAGGAACAGCAUGUGCACAACGAGAAGUCGGUGCUGAAGGAAGUCAGCCACCCGUUCCUGGUCAAGCUGUUCUGGACGUGCCACGAUGAGCGCUUCCUGUACAUGCUCAUGGAGUUCGUGCCCGGCGGCGAGCUUUUCAGCUACCUGCGGAAGCGAGGCCGCUUCUCCAGCAGCUCUGGGCUGUUCUACUCUGCGGAGAUCGUCUGCGCCAUUGAGUACCUGCACUCAAAGGAGAUCGUCUACAGGGACUUGAAGCCGGAAAACAUACUGCUGGACAGGGAUGGCCACAUCAAGCUCACCGACUUUGGGUUCGCCAAGAAACUGGUAGACAAGACGUGGACGCUUUGUGGCACGCCCGAGUACCUGGCCCCCGAAGUCAUCCAGAGCAAAGGCCACGGGAGAGCUGUGGACUGGUGGGCGCUUGGCAUCCUGAUAUUUGAGAUGCACUCGGGGUUUCCUCCGUUUUUUGAUGACAACCCAUUUGGCAUUUAUCAAAAAAUUCUCGCGGGCAAAAUAGAUUUCCCCAGACAUUUGGACUUCAGUGUAAAGGACCUCAUUAAGAAACUGCUGGUCGUUGACAGAACGAGACGGCUCGGAAACAUGAAGAAUGGAGCGGAGGACGUGAAAAGACACCGGUGGUUCCGAACUGUGGAUUGGGAGGCGGUCCCACAAAGGAAACUGAAGCCACCCAUCGUGCCCAAGCUGUGUGGCGAGGGCGAUACCUCCAACUUCGAAGCGUAUCCCGACAAUGACUGGAACGCGGCCCCUCCCGUCUCGCCGAAGGAUUUGGAAGUCUUCAAGAAUUUCUGAGGACGCGAAUCCACACGUGGAAGGACGAUUUGAACCUGCCGGGGACACUGAUUGCUCAGAAGAAGGGUCGUCUACGCGGGAUAAGGACGUUUCCGUAUUUCUAUAUAUCUGGAUGUAUAUAAAGAGCCUGGAGACCCGUAGAAAGUCAUGGACCUGGCCUUAUUUAAACAACUGGAAAUCUACUGCACAGUAGGAACUUUCGGAAAAUUGUUUGGUUGUAGAUUUUGUCUUCUCUCUUAGUGCGAUGAACCUACUGUGAUAUCUUGGUUUUCCUCCCAGACUUCACUUUAUAAGUUUGAACUCAACGUGUUCCGCCGUCACCACAGAUGGCGUGCGUGUGCGUGUGUGCGCGUGUGUAAAAAGACUGUAUGAGUGGCGUGCAAAUCGUGCGUUGAUGUCCAUGUUCGUACUUGGCACAGCCUGUGAUUUUUAUUUUUCGAGUCGCUCUUUCAAGAAUCUGUUUCCUUGGGGACAAAACCUAAAACGGAUACGGUGUGUGCAUUUUGUGUCGUCUUCUGUGCAUUUCGUAGGUUGUGAAGAAAAUUUCGUGUGGUGGG